ACUCGCCACUCGCCACCACCCGCUCGCUCACUCUCUCGCCCAGUCCAAGCCGCAGCCGGACGCCUCGGUCCUCGAGCUCCUCUGACCUGCCCCCCUCGGCCUCCGCUCCGAGAGCCCGGCUCCUUCCAGCUCCAGGCGCCUCCGGCUCCACCGGCCGGCCAUGAAGCGGCUACUGAGGCGGCUCUCCCGCACCGUGGCGGCGGCCGAGGACGGCGGCGGCCUGGCCGCGGCGCACCGCCAGGGCCGGGGGAAGAAGGGCAAGGGGGUGCCGGAGGGCCACGUCCCCGUGUGCGUCGGCGAGGAGGGCGGGCCCGUGGAGCGCUUCGCGGUGCGCGCCGAGCUGCUGGGCGAGCCGGCCUUCGCGGCGCUCCUCCGCCGCGCCGCGCAGGAGUACGGCUACGCCCACCCGGGGGCGCUCCGCAUCCCCUGCACCGCCGCCGAGUUCCGACGCCUCCUGCUGCGCCUCUCCGACGCCGCCGCCGCCGCCGCCAGCUGCUAGCCUGCCUGGCGAGGGCGCGAGGCGCGCCGCCCCGCCCCGCCCCUCCCCUGCCUCAUCCGCCGCGUCGAUAGUGCGGCCUUGCCAUCUCCGUUUUUACCGGUUUACCCCUGGGUAGAAUGUACAGAGGCCAAGGCAGGGCGGAGGGCAGCACGGGGAUUUGGCUGCUGGUACUCUUUGGAUUUCUUUUUUACCGCUAGCUAGUGCUAGUGCUAGUACUAGCGGCACUGUAGCAGUAGCUGCUUGAUGGUAGAACUACGGGUGUCCUUUUUUUUACCCCUUCUAGUUCUAGGACUUGCAGUGUGUGUGUCUAGUGUGCUAGGGAUUUCGGGGAAUUCACUAUUAACCAUACAUGUAAUCCUCGAUUGAGGCUAGUCUCUUGCCAUAUUAUGGAGGUCGUAGUUUUUCGCACUA